AACUUUAUUAUCAAGUAAGAAAAAUGGAACUCCUCUAAACUUCAAUCUUCUGGAGUGAUAUAAGAGAAGAGUGUUUGCUUAAGCUUUGAAAUAUUUAGUACAACAGAUACUCCAAAUCCACUUUCACCAGUUGAAUUGAUAAACUUAGUUUUCGCUUAGCUUAUUAUAAGCAUAAUUAAUCUAUUACAGGUACUAUGAAACUCAAAUUCAGACAAGAUCUAAAAUUUAAUAAGGACAGCUGUAUUAACUUAACAAGAUUUGAGAAGUCAGAUAGAAUCAUUUUCCCAAUGACUUGCUACUCGUUAGAUAACUUUUUCUGAAGGAUAUGCUAUAAUUUGGUCGAAAAGCCUAAAGAAUGAAGCGGUUGCAAUAAAGUAUUCUGAAAGCAAUGCAUCACAAAAUGGUUAGAGUGUAAGAAAGUUUGCCCCUACAGGUGAACAAGUAGGGAGUUCAAAAAUCCAAACGGUUUUUAUCUUUCUACUUACAAAGGAAUCAGAAUUAAAUGCCCCUAUGAAAAAUAUGGGUGAGAUAAAUAAACUAAAGCAAGGAUCCUUAAAUGAGCAUCAAGCAUGAUGUAAAUAUACCCCAGAGAAAUGAGAUCAUUGCAACGAGAUGGUAGCAAGAAUCAACCUUGAGAUGCAUUACAAAGAAUGCGACCGAUUUCCUAUCAAAUGAGAUCAAUGUGAAUUUGAGAUUUGGAAAUCUGAAUUCGAAAAACAUUCGUGUGUUAGAUUGUUGAGCAAUACUGUUAAAACGCAGCAAGAUCGUAUCACUCAACUUGAAACAGAAGUUUCUGAUCUUCUUAAAUGAUAUCAUAGCAUGCAGGAGUAUCUCUCAGUCCUUGACUCAAGGAUAGUAAACCAACAAGAGUCUAUGAAUACUAAUGAGUUUGGAUUCAGAAAGAGUAAACACAGAAGAAAAAGAAAUAAGAAAAGGAAUUUUUCAUCAAAUCUGUCAAAGUCUUUGAACAACACUCAUGAAUUCAUGAUUAACGACAAAAUCCAUACACCUAAAUAAGACAAUUGGGAGUCACGGAGAAAAUGAAUUUGAGGAUUGACUUGAAUCUAAAGAUGAAGUAAACCUAAAAGAGAAUAUAUUGAAAACAGAUUCUGAUGAAGAAAAUGAUUUUGAAGUAUUAUCCUCAAAAAAAAGUAAGGAUGCCUCAGAUGUGAUUAAAGACCAACUCACCACUAAUUCCUCUCAAACAUUCAAAAACUGGUGUGUAUCGAACGAAAGUGGUAAUGAGCAAAGCUCUUGUGAAUCAGAAGAAUCAGAGGAGGAUCAAAUAGAUUCUUAUGAGAAAAUGAAGAAGGAAUUUGCUAUUCAGAGAGCACAUAUUAUCAAAUUUCCAAAAUCAGGCUGAUUGUCAGAUCUAAAGAGCACAAAAGGCAAGAAACUUAGCAAGAGCAAUAAAAUCUUAGAAAACAAACAAAAGGAAGAACACAACUUUAGCAAUGAUGAUGUCAUUAAGAAAGUGAAAUUUCUUGGGAAUAGAAAGAAAGACAACAACAUAUUAGAUGAUGAUUGUUAAUUCCAACAUCGAGGAUUUAUUUUG